AUGAAACGCAACGACAUAAAGAAGGGAAACCCCAUCUUCUUCAUAUCAAUCUAUCUAUCUAUCUAUCUAUCUAUCUAUCUAUCUAUCUGUCUGUCUGUCUGUCUGUCUAUCUAUUUAUCUAUGUAUCUAUCUGAUUGUCUAAAUAAGUCUUCAUUUUUGACUAUCUCCAUCUUAUCUAUUUAUCUAUCUUUCUAUCUUUCUGUCUUUUUUCAUCUAUCUAUCUAUCUAUCUAUCUAUCUAUCUAUCUAUCUAUCUAUCUAUCUAUCUAGUUUUGUCAUAUCUAUCUAUCUAUCUAUCUAUCUAUCUAUCUAUCUCUGUUCAUAUCUAUUUAUCUAUCUAUCUCAGUUUUUCAUCUAUCUAUCUAUCUAUCUAUCUAUCUAUCUAUCUAUCUAUCUAAUCGAUCGAUCUAUCUCAGUUUUUUCAUAUCUAUCUAUCUAUCUAUCUAUCUCUCUAUUUCUAUUCAUAUCUAUUUAUCUAUCUAUCUAUCUAUCUAUCGAUCGAUCGAUCGAUCUAUCUAUCGAUCGAUCGAUCUAUCUAUUCCAGUUUUUUCAUCUAUCUAUCUAUCUAUCUAUCUAUCUAUCUAUCUAUCUAUCUAUCUCCGUUCAUAUCUAUCUAUCUAUCUAUCUAUCUAUCUAUCUAUCUAUCUAUCUAUCUAUCUAUCUAUCUAUCGGUUCUGUGUUCUUCUUUGCCUUCAAAUCGACCUCUAUAUCAGCCUCUGUUCGGGUCACUCACAUAUUCUCUCUCUUCCCCCCCUCUCUCUCUCUCUAUCUAUCUAUCUAUCUAUCUAUCUAUCUAUCUAUCUAUCUAUCUAUCUAUCUAUCUAUCUAUCUACAUUGCCUAAAUCUCUUCAUUUUCAUUCAACGACUCUCUCGUACCGACAUAACAAUAUGGACCAGUUUUAAAUUUCUCCUUUUCUUCUCUUCGCCCCCCCCCACCUCUCCACUCCUAGAACCCUGUCUUCUUUUCUCUACGAAUCUCUCUCUCUCUCUCCCUCUCUCUCCGAUUUCUCAGAAAUAUCUAUUCUCUCCCACUCUUUUUCCCUCCCACUCUUAUUCGCUUGCUCGCCCUCUAUUUAUACAUUUCACUACUGUCUUAAUUUAUCUCACCUCUUCCCUAACAUCUUUCCUUCUUUUCUUCUUUCCUUCUUUUCUUCUUUCCUUCUUUUCUUCUUUUCUCCUUUCCUUCUUUCCUUCUUUUCUUCUUUCCUUCUUUUCUUCUUUUCUUCUUUUCUUCUUUUCUCCUUUUCUUCUUUUCUUCUUUUCUUCUUUCCUUCUUUCCUUAACUUUCCUUAUUUUUCUUUCUUUCUUUCUUUCUUUCUUUCUUUCUUUCUUUCUUUCUUUCUUUCUUAUCCAAACAUUUUCAAAACCAGCUAUCUAUCAAUCUAUCUCCCUCUAUCUGGCUCUUCAAUAUCUCUCAAUCCCUCUUGGUUUUAAAUAUCUAUCUAUCUAUCUAUCUAUCUCACUGUGUGUGAACGGAUCAUUCUUUUUUCCCUUGUAUCUACAUUUUUCGAUUAGGAUUUCUUUUGAUUUUUUUUUUUUUUACCACCAUUCUCUUUUACUCUGUGUUAACUUUGUCAAUCUCUCUCUCCCUCUCCCUCCCUCUCUCUCUCUGUUUCUCUCGCACACAAGCGCGCACUCACAGCCGUAUGCGCGUGCGCGCGUGCGUGCGUGCGUGUUAAAUCUCCUUACGUCUCUCUCCGGGAUUCUCUCUUCUUUCUAUCGAUUAGCAAUUGAACUCUCCAAUAUUUCUUUUUCUUUCACUCACUCACUCACUCUCUCUCUCUCUCUCUCUCUCGUCAUCUGGACAGCCUCUCGCUCCUUCUCUCUCGUCCUGACCACCUUUUAA